GCCCAACAGAGCAGAUUGAAACCGGGCCGGCCAGAGCUUUGCCUCAUCUUUGAGCAAUGCAGACAGACACACUGCCACCACAGAAAGGAUAAGGAUUUAAAGCGCCCACCUUUCAGGAUGCUCAUUCACCUGCAGCAUAGAUAAGCUUCAGACUUGACAGCUUCAGUUUGCUAAAUUUUUUCUCAAAGGUGAGCAACGAAUGGAAGUCUUAUGUUAGCAGCAGACUCAACUUCUAUUUUUCAAGUCAAUAUGACGCCUGUAAUUCCGUAUUCUAUAAGCAAUGUCUCGCAUAUUCCUGGAAGUGCCUUUACUGCAAGAAAGAACAAUUGUUUAACAAAAUUCAGUUUUUCAAGGAAUUCUGCAAACCAUGCUCUAUCCCCACGGACUUUUCUUUUACCUUUUUCGACCUCUAUCAAAUCAUUUGCAUUGUACCACAGCAGAUGCCCCGUACAUCAUAGAUUUAGAAUCCAUGUAUCUGCCACAGGAACCGAUGUAGCGGUUGAGGAAGCAGACUCACCAGUUGUAGAUGCAGCUUCUAGUGAAGCCAAAUCCUCUGAUGAUAGUCCUGGCCCAUCUCAAGAUUCUCAACCAAAGCGUUCAAAACCUGUUAGGAAAAGUGAGAUGCCACCUGUGAAGAAUGAGGAGCUGGUUGUUGGUGCAACUUUUACGGGGAAAGUAAGAUCAAUCCAGCCAUUCGGUGCUUUUAUUGACUUUGGAGCUUUCACAGAUGGCCUCGUACAUGUUUCACAAUUGAGUGAUACUUACGUUAAGGAUGUUGGAAGCGUUGUUUCUGUUGGGCAAGAGGUGAAGGUGACAUUAGUUGAAGCCAAUCCAGAGACUGGGCGGAUCUCUCUCACUAUGCGUGAACGUGACAAUGGCAGUAAGCCGCAGCAAAGGAAAGAUGCUUCUGCUGGUAGUGAUAGGGGUGGACCUGGUAGAAGGAGUGGCCCAAAGAAAGGCGAAAGGAAAAAUGAGGUGAGGAAAACUACAAAGUUUGAAAAGGGGCAGGACCUAGUGGGCUUAGUAAAGAAUUUCGCCAGGGCUGGUGCUUUUAUAUCUCUUCCUGAGGGAGAGGAAGGAUUCCUGCCUACAUCGGAGGAACCUGAUGAUGGAUUUGCAAACGUCAUGGGGGAGACCUCCUUGCAGCUUGGCCAAGAAAUAAAUGUCCGUGUCCUGCGUACUACAAGAGGACAAGUAACCUUGACAAUGAAGAAAGAAGAAUAUUCUAAGUCGGACUCGCAGGUCAGUCAAGGAGUAAUCCACACUGCAACAAACCCAUUCCUUCUGGCUUUUCGCCAAAACAAGGAUAUUGCUUCAUUUUUGGACGAAAGAGAGAAAAUAGAAAAGCAGCUAAAGCCAUUGCAAGCAGUGACCAGUAUUCCUGAAGUGUUGGACGAACAAACAACCAGUGGCGAGGGAACUCUUGGUGUCCCUUCAGCGGUGGAUGAAACAGUUGAAAAUGGUGCUCCUUCAGAGGACCAGGAAAGCCCAGUUUCUAGUACAAUUGAAACUCUAGAAACUGCAGAACAACCCAUUGAAAGAGAAGAGGUGAGUUCUGAUAUCUUGGCUCCUGAAGGGAGUACAUUUACCAUGGAUGGAGUGGAAAACGCAAGUGCUGGUUCGUCUAGUGAAAUAGCUAAUUACACGUCGACUUCAGAAGUUUCAACAGGUGAAGAGGUUAUAGAGCCUCAAGCGGAUGAUACCAUAGAAAAAGGUGAACUGCAACCACCUACUUCAGAGAGAGAAAUUCCUUCUGCUGCACUAACUGAAGAACCAAAAGAAAGUGAGGCCACCAAAGUUGUAGAAGACCUAGCUGACAACAUUACGGAGGAAGCUCAGAUUCAAACAUCUGCUGCUGAGAGUGAAUUGCCUUCUAUCUCACAAGUGGAAGAUGACAAAGUGGAAAGUGCCCCCAAGAAGAAUGGCAGUGUUUCUGAUUCAAAUGGACAAUCUGACAAUCCAUCCCCAAAGAAAAGAGAAAUUAAAGCAAUUAUAUCACCAGCCCUUGUAAAGCAGCUGCGUGAAGAAACAGGAGCUGGAAUGAUGGAUUGCAAAAAUGCUUUGUCAGAGACAGACGGGGACAUUGUUAAAGCUACGGAGUUCCUUAGAAAGAAAGGUUUAGGUAGUGCAGAAAAGAAAGCCAGCAGAGCCACUGCUGAAGGAAGAAUAGGUUCAUACAUUCAUGAUAGCAGGAUAGGUAUCUUGCUAGAGGUAAACUGUGAGACAGAUUUUGUUUCUCGGGGUGACAUUUUCAAGGAGCUGGUUGAUGAUUUAGCCAUGCAAGUGGCUGCAUGCCCUCAAGUACAGUACCUUGCUACAGAAGAUGUUCCUGAAGAGCUUGUGAACAAGGAAAGAGCAAUUGAGAUGCAGAAAGAAGAUCUUUUGUCAAAGCCGGAGCAGAUUAGGUCAAAGAUUGUUGACGGGAGGAUAAGGAAGAGGCUUGAGGAGCUGGCAUUGCUUGAGCAGCCUUUCAUUAAGAAUGAUAAGGUGGUGGUGAAGGACUUGGUCAAGCAAACCAUUUCAACUAUUGGAGAAAACAUAAAAGUGAAGAGGUUUGUGCGCUACAAUCUUGGAGAGGGCUUGGAGAAGAAGAGUCAGGAUUUUGCUGCUGAGGUGGCUGCCCAAACUGCAGCAAAACCAGUGCCCGCGGAAGUAAAAGAGCAGCCUCCUGCAGUGGAAGUCAAGGAAACUGUUGAGAAGGCACCAACUGUAGCCGUCUCUGCCGCUCUGGUUAAACAACUACGUGAUGAAACUGGAGCAGGGAUGAUGGACUGCAAGAAGGCUCUCUCCGAAACUGGAGGGGACCUUGAGAAGGCACAAGAGUACCUGCGGAAGAAGGGUCUUUCUUCUGCUGAAAAGAAAUCCAGCAGGCUUGCUGCUGAAGGCAGGAUUGGGUCCUACAUUCAUGAUGCCCGCAUUGGAGUCCUGAUUGAAGUAAACUGCGAGACUGACUUUGUUGGUAGAAGUGAAAAUUUCAAGGGGUUGGUUGAUGAUCUGGCAAUGCAAGUCGUGGCCUGCCCGCAGGUGCAAUAUGUAUCAAUCGAAGACAUUCCAGAGAGCAUUGUAAACAAGGAAAAAGAGCUUGAGAGGCAGAGGGAGGACCUUCUGUCCAAACCCGAGAACAUUAGGGAGAGAAUAGUGGAGGGGAGGAUCUCAAAGAGGCUUGGGGAGCUGGCUCUUUUAGAGCAACCUUUCAUUAAAGAUGAUAGUCUUUUGGUGAAAGACCUAGUGAAGCAGACUGUUGCUGCUCUCGGUGAGAACAUAAAAGUUCGCAGGUUUGUUCGGUUCACUCUUGGGGAGUCACUUGAGACAGUUGAAGAUGCAGGAGCUGAAGCAUGAAUAAAAGAUAAAACUCGGAGUUUGCAUGGAGCCGAAGAAAGGAUAGAAAGGUCACGAAACUAAUUUUACAUGCAAGUUACAUGAUUCUUUUUUGUUCUGGUUUUAGUUUUACUAUCUGCAGCUUAGGCUGAUCAAUCUGUUAUUUGGUUGGA